UGGAGUAAGCAGAAGAGUUGAGUUUUCUGCGUGUCAACAGCACAGAUUUCCACGCGCAGACUGAAUCAGUGCGCGUGCAUUCAUUCACAGUGAUUGUAGAAAUGCGCAAUUAUGCGCGGCGACGGCUGGCGAGCUGCAAAACCCCACUGGAAUGAAAAAUCCUGAAUUUGGAUAAUUUCUAACGGAUUAUCUGAGAGUGAACAUAAGAUUACAGUCAUGCUACAUUUAAUCUGCCUCUUGUGCCUCGUGGACAUAUCUGAUGCGGUCAUGGAUCUCACAAUGACCUCUAACGGGGCCAUAUCUGCUCAACAUUUCCGCCUCUCUUGCAUUUCUGGAGAGCGUGAUAUAGACGGGAUUCAGCUGAGCAUCACAAAGGACAACAGCAUUGUCCGUCGUGCAGAUUCUCCACAAUUUAAAGUGCAGAGGCCACAGACUAAAGAAGUUGUGGCUACUAAUUUUACAGGCUUUGAACACAGUGGGAUUUUCUACUGUCACUCAAAAAGGGGCUCCGACCAACCUGGAAGCAUUACACUCAUCAACAAUUACAGCAAAAGUAAUUUUAAACCAGUGAGAGUCACCCUGACGGCCAGUAAAGGAGACGAAGUGAAACUAAUCAUGGAUGUUGUUGAGACAGAAAGACGAGACAUUACUUGGAAAUUCAAUGGUAACUACCACUACAUGACUCCUAUUGCUGAUGUUCAAAACCACAAAGCAAUUCUGGAUCUGAUUAAAGUUGAUAAAAGCCAUACAGGAAUUUACAGUGUGAGCUAUGUUGGGGACAGUGCUCUUUAUAGUACCUGGAUCCGUCUCAUCGUUCGUGAAUGUCCAAAAAAUAAAUGGGGCUCCGACUGUGACAAAGACUGUCCCGAAUGCUUGAAUGGAGGGGUGUGCCAUGACAAAGAUGGAGAUUGUGUUUGUCCACCGGGGUUUAUGGGAAUGCGCUGUGAGACAGCCUGUCGUGAAGGAAUGUUUGGUAGGAACUGCCAGGAAUCCUGUAAGUCGGAGAACGGAUGCCAGGGCUUGAGUUUCUGUCUCACGGAUCCUUACGGCUGUUCUUGUGCCAGCGGCUGGCAUGGAGAUCACUGUCGUAAACCCUGUCUUGAAGGAAUGUACGGCGCUGACUGUCUUUUAAGUUGCAACUGCAAGAACAAAGGCAAAUGCAAUCGAUUCAGUGGCUGCCAAUGUCCUACAGGCUGGAGAGGGCAAUACUGUGAGAAAUCAGAUCGCGCACCAGAGAUUUUGGACAUGGCCAGUAACGUGGAGGGAAACUUGAACUCCAGCCACAAGAUCACAUGUUCUGCAACAGGCCAUCCACUGCCUAGCCAUUUGAGCAUUGAGCUCCGCAAGCUGGAAAGCACCGUUCUUAAGGCAUCCCACACUACCAUGGACUCCAAAAAAAGCACAGCCCACUUUGAGAUCCCAAGGCUGUCUGCCGAGCAUAAUGGUCUGUGGGAAUGUCGAGUCUCCACCGAUGGUGGGCAGGAUACCUUCAAGUUCACCUUAACUGUGAAAGAGCCACCCUACCCAACCAAUGCUCCUAAACUGCUGUCGAGGAGUAGCAAAAAACUGGUUGUAAAACCAGUGGAAACUUUUAUGGGUGACGGCCCCAUUAUUUCCACUAAGCUACUUUACAAGCCAGUGGAUACAAAAGACUCAUGGUCCUCCAUUAUAGUGUAUGACAGUGAUCAAAUCACAUUACCGAAUUUAAAGCCCUCAACCAGAUACCAUGUCCAUGUACAACUCGCUCGCCCAGGGGACGGAGGAGAAGGUCCUUUGGGUCCAGAGGCAAUCAUGGAGACUGACUGCCCAGAGCCCACGGCCAGGCCGGAGAUUGAUUCCUGCUCAUUGGAGGGCCGUAAUGCCACCAUCAGGUGGUCCCUGAUUGGCACAUCCCACAAAGCCACUGGCUUUUUAGUACAGCUCUAUGGACAACAUGGAGAGAAGCUGCGGGAGGAAACCACCUUGGUUAAUGUGCUCUCCAUCAAGCUCUACAAUCUGGAGUAUCACAGGGACUACCGAGUGGUUGUCCAGCUAAUAAACUGCGGCAGCCAUGGGCCCCCUUCAAAGCCCCACCAUAUUCACAUCUAUAAGCAGGGUCCUUCUUCUCCAAGGAACGUCCAGGCAGACACUCUGUCCAUCAGUGCAGUCAGGCUUCACUGGCAGCCGCCUGAAGAUCCCAACGGAGGCAUUGUGAAGUAUAGCAUUGAAUACCAGCCAGUGGGCCAGAGCAGCUUUCACCCUUGGGUGGACACCGACGAUGGCAACAAAACCACGAAGGAUGUGACAUCCCUCAAUGGGAGCACAUUAUACCAGUUCAGGGUGAGGGCUUUCUCCAAGGUGCCAGGGGAGUGGAGCAAGUUUGUACAAGCCAGGACACAUGGAGACACAGGAUUCUCCAACUAUAUUCCCACCACUCAGCAAGUUGGACGGCCGAUGGCUGAGGAUCAUCAGCUUCUUUGGGCUGUGGUUGGGUCAGUGGCUGUGACCUGUGUGACCAUCCUUCUGGCCCUUUUGAUUCUCUUCUACAUUCGUAAAUCUGUCCUUAAACGAAAGCGGACGUUCACCUAUCAGUCUGGAUCAGGAGAAGAGACUAUCUUACAGUUCAACUCGGGGACUCUCACACUGACCCGACGACCAAAGCCUUCCUCAGAGCCCCUCACCUAUCCCAUACUGGAGUGGGAGGACAUUAAGUUUGAGGAUGUGAUUGGAGAAGGGAACUUUGGUCAGGUCAUCAAGGCCAUGGUCAAAAAAGAUGGCAUAAAAAUGAGUGCUGCGAUUAAAAUGCUCAAGGAGUUCGCCUCAGAGAAUGACCAUAGAGACUUUGCCGGUGAAUUAGAAGUGCUGUGUAAACUGGGACAGCAUCCAAACAUAAUUAAUCUAAUCGGUGCCUGUGAAAACAGAGGUUACCUUUACAUUGCCAUUGAAUAUGCACCUUACGGAAAUCUUUUGGACUUUCUAAGAAAGAGUCGUGUCCUAGAGACUGAUCCUGCUUUUGCUAAAGAGCACGGAACUGCCUCCACACUCACCUCCCAGCAGCUCUUGCAGUUUGCUGCUGAUGUAGCAACUGGCAUGCAUUACCUUAGCGACAAACAGUUCAUCCACAGAGAUUUGGCAGCCAGAAAUGUACUUGUGGGGGAUAACUUAGUUGCUAAAAUUGCAGAUUUUGGCCUCUCACGUGGCGAGGAGGUGUAUGUGAAAAAGACCAUGGGAAGACUGCCUGUGCGAUGGAUGGCCAUCGAGUCUCUAAACUACAGUGUCUACACCACAAAGAGUGAUGUGUGGUCUUUUGGAGUUCUUCUGUGGGAAAUUGUAAGUUUAGGUGGGACUCCAUACUGUGGGAUGACCUGUGCUGAGCUCUAUGAGAAGCUUCCUCAGGGCUACAGAAUGGAGCAGCCCAGGAACUGUGAUGAUGAAGUGUAUGAACUUAUGAGGCAGUGCUGGCGGGAUAGACCCUAUGAGCGACCGCCAUUUUCGCAAAUAUCUGUCCAGCUCAAUAGGAUGCAAGAGGCACGGAAGGCCUAUGUCAACAUGGCUCUCUUUGAGAACUUCACUUAUGCUGGAAUAGAUGCUACAGCUGAAGAGGCCUGACUACCAGCCCCCCCGGACCCAAGAAGGGUUCAUAACCCAAGGGAGGUUCAUCACAGUAGAGCUUCGCGUUACUGUCACUCCCCUGUGGUCAGGUUCCAUCGUUCAAAGAGACACUCCACCAAAACCACAUGGCUAUAGAGAACAGACUGUGAAAGGACACAAUUAUGAGCUGUGACUCUAGAUUCUAGAAGGAUUCAUAUCUCAGGACAUGUUGGAUUACUCAAGAGGAAAUGGAACCGACAAUAUAAGCUACAGAUGUAGCACACUGGGUCUGUGGGGGUCUGGACCAUGCACUGAACUAAUUUCUUUUCCAUCUUUUAUUGGGAAAAUCAUUGUGUGAGGUUGUUGAAACGUACAUUCAUCGAACGCAGUUCAUUCCGUGGACCAAAACGCCAGUAUUAUUCAAUGUAGCACUUGAGAAAGCGAUGUAUAGUCCUUAUUGAAACUCAUUUGUUUAGCUUAAGGCUCAAGUGAGUUAUGUACAUAAUGUUUAUGUUGUUUAUCAGACCUUAAAAAGACGCUUAAGAUCUUUUUUAAGGUGGUUUUUUUUUUUACGAAUGAUAUAUGUAUGACAUGCUAUAGCCAUCUUGUAAUCAUUUAAUGUAUGUUAAGGGAAUGUCUUUACUUUGAUAAAUAAAGCAUCUAUGUGGUGACUGGA